UAAAGAAGAGAUGGUUUUGUCUCAAUCAAGAUGCAUUUAUCACAUUCAAGACAGAAGAUGACGCAAAGAAAAGUGAUCAGGAAUGUCUGGAUGUUCUCCCUCUCGUUGAUGUUCAGACGGUGAAGAAACAGCAGAACAACAAUUACAAGUAUUACCCCUUCGAGAUCGUCACCUUACAAAAGACACAUGUAUACUUAACAGACAGUGCAUACGAGCAGGAUCAGUGGGUUAAAGCAUUCCACAACGCCAUGAAACUCAGAAGUUUUAGCCAACCAACGGCUGACGUCACAUCAAAAUAUUCCAAUGGCAAAGACAGGAGGAGCAGUACAGGAGCGAGGAAGCUCUCUCAGAUCAAGAAAUACAUGCAGGACAGCAAGAGAUCUGGUCAGCAGCGCAAAUCAUCGGGUGUAGAAUGUGACCCAAGCGAAACACCCGACUAUCAGGGUAUCCCCAUCGGAAACAUGGACGUUGAAAACGACGACGUCUUCGUGUCUAAUAAACCGUCGUCGUCAACGACCACGAACAACCCACAGACUGUACGUGAAGACACAAUCGACGGCGGUAGUAUGAACGCCAGUGGAAAGAGUCGGGCAAGCGACGACAGCGGACAGGGAUCACACGAUGUUAGAAAUUUGGACUUGACAUCGAGCGCGAACACGGCGUCCGAUGGUGAUGUCGAAAACGGGGCGUCGAAAUCUCUUUCAAACGGGAAUGAGGUUCGAGAUGAGGUUGACGGAAUUACUUCGAAGUCACCAUCGUUAAUACCACCUCCAGUACCAGCGCCGGCGUCGUCUGGGUUAAGUCGAUCAAAGAAACAGCGCCUGUUCGAGGAUGAGCAGAUUUAUGACGAACCUCCGCGUAUCGAUGAGGAUAUCUACGAUGUCCCACCGCGUGAAGACGAGGACGAAGUUGAACCUGUGAACGAUGACGAGCAAGAGGAAGAUGAAAUGGAGCUGCCACAAGAAGAUGAGGAAGAAUAUUAUACAUCAGGUUUGGUCAAAUCAUCCGCCAUGAUCAAUCUUCAAAAAAUCCUCGACGAAGAUAGCGAUGACGAGGAUGACGAUGACUUCGUUGGCGACGGUGCUGAUAGCGAAUACGACAAUGUUAAUGAACCACAAGAGAACAUAGAAGCCGAAUUAACUGAGAAAGGUGUCGAGAAAUCAGCGGUAGAGCAAUUAAAAGAUUUGCUUGACAGUUUUGAUGAACUUUAACCACGAUUUGCGAUCAUGCGGAUUUGAAAUAUAAUAGCAAGGAAUAGAUAAGAAACCGGACCAGUGAACUAUAUCAGAUGAUUAACAAGAAAUGUUUUGGUUGAUUUUGUACAUAAUCAGGCUGCAGUGACAAUGGGAUGUCCGUUAUCGAAUGUUUAAAAAAAAACGAGAAACGAUCGUUUACUCUUAAGAGGCUGGGGAGGGGAGGAUUUACCCCCUGUUUUAGUAUCUUUUUGGAACGUAUUUGUGGCGUCUGGACUCUGGGAAUGUGAUAUUUCGAAAUUUCCUACCUGCGCGACAGUACACAAUUGUAAAAAAAAAAAUGCAAUUUUGUGUACGACUCCAAAGCUGAAAUUCAGUGUAUGAUAAUUUGAUACUGACAGAGAUGGGCCGCCAAAUUUCCGAAGGCCAUACGUUCUCAGUCAUUUUGAUUAUGAUUAAAAUUAAUACAUCUGGAAUUUCGUUUAAAAAGUGCAGCUCGGAGGGUAGGAUGUGUAUAAAAGAUAAAGGUGAGAAUAUCAUUCUGAACAGCAUAGCGAAUAUUGGACCAAGUUUAGAGAUUUUCUGGCACGAUCUAUACCAAAGGUUUUUCUGUCAUCUCAUCAAACUUUUCAUAAAAUUAUCAUUAGAGUUUUGAAAUAGGAUUUGAAUCCUUAGAAGUAUGCAUUCAAUUUUGUUGGAAAGAGAUAAGGGCAAGGUCGAAGUUUUAAUAAAGAAUUUGAUCGAUUCGACCAUCUUGGAUAAACGAAAGGCUGAACUGACCAGAGAAAUAUGGCACUAAAUUGCAGAAAAGAUACGCUAAUAAAUCUAUACAAAUAUUACAGUCUGGAUUUUUUUUCACACAAAGUAAAUGAAGAUUUGUCAUAUCGAGUAUCUUUUAUGAAUUUGAUGACAACCAACAUUUCGCAUUGUCUAUAUACGCAUAUUAAAUGAGUGUACACAUAGAUGAGUGUAUAAACUUCAAUUUGAACUUUCCUCUGCAGUACACGUGUGUUCCACCCUGUUUUACCCAUGUUCAUGAUUUAAUAUAAUGAACAGAUUGAUUCGCUUGAAUUGAAACAAAGGCAUAAUAAUGAAUUAUUUGAAGUUGAACUCUAUCCUAAAGUUACUGCUAGAGUGGAUACGGUCGGAAACAAUCCACCUCAAGAUGGUAAUAAUUCAGCAGACGAUCAUGUUGGGUUUAGAGUAAGACUGCUUAUAUUCUCAAGAAAAACAAAUCAAUUCAUUAAAUUCCUUCUUUACACUGAUAAAUUCUUUGUUUAUCAACAGAACUCACUCCAAGGCCCCUUGGUCAAUCUCUGAGAUUUUGAUAUGGAUGAUCUUAAACUUGUAUCAGUUUUGCCUUUCGUAGGUCUCUGGAUUAUUUUUCAAUGAUCUUAGGUCUUGAUACAGCCUAUAAGGACAUCUUGGAAACUUGAAAACUUGUAAUUCAACAAUGAAACGACAGCUUUUAAUUUGUGAAAUACUAAAUGAUUUCAACACUUGAACAAGAGGAGAUAUCGAUUACUCUGUAAAAAGCACAGUAAUCAAUUAAAACGCUGCAUGAAAGAUUUGAAUAUGCAUUACUCAAUAAGAUAUUUUAUUGUGUAUUCAUCUGUGUAAUAAUGUAUAUUUUUGUAAAUAACAAAAUUUUCAAUCGUCAUCUUCGUGCCAAUAUAUCAGAGCAUCUUAUAUAUUUGUAUCUUACAAAUGCUGCCAGUGCAUGUAUUUUUUUCUUACCAUGAUGGAACCCCCACAAUUUUAUAGACCGUUUUACUCAACAUUGAGUAGAUUUUAAAGACAAUUCUUACAUUUUUGCUUGUAACUUGAAAGCUUGUCCGAGGCUUGCCAAACUCUGAAAUUAUAGACCCACUCUAAAUAUUCUGAAAUUUCCCCAUAAUAAAUUAAGCAGACAAAUUCUUCCAUUAUAUGACUUUGUACACAAAGCACAAAAAUGAACUAUAAUUUUUUGGCAGAUGCCCCCCAAAAUUCAUGCAAAAUAUUAAUAAAUUAUUGCAAUCGAUCGACGGCAAUGAAACGAUUUUCAGGGAAGGGGUCGUUCGGGUUGCAAAUGCUUAGGUUUAAGAGAGAGGUUCUUCAAAACUUAACACAUCCAAGAAUAUUUCCUGCCAUCUCGUGAGGGUAAUUUUGCACAACUAAUUAAUAUGAAUUUAAUACAAGCAAUGCUACAAAUAUGUGGUUGUUUCGUUUUGCGCCUUUGUAACUAUACUUUGCAAAUGAUUGUGUUAAUGUAUAUGCAUGUGUCAUGAAAACAGACCUGUCUCUGUCCAUGUUCAAACGCAUCCAUGUACAUUAUGAAGCGUGUGUAAAUUUCGUAUCAUAGAUCAUUUUAACAUUGACGUGUACAAAUAAAAGCAAUAAAUAACCAUCAAA